AUGGAAGCCUUGGUCUGUGCAUUCUCUGAGCUGCGCAUAAGAGAAGAUACAGUGAGCUGGGCCCGAGGAUGCCCCAGCCACCCCGACACGCCCCCCAACAUCUAUGAGGGGGGCCUGGGGGCCCAGCAGCAGCAGUGUCCGGGUGCCCAGGGGAGCAAGCCCAAGAACUUCAGGCUGCGCCACCUGCGCGACUUGACGCUCUACCUGCCGGCCCACAGGCAGCCCGCAGGCCAGUGUGAGAGCCACUGGCUGGGCCGGCUCCUGGCCGGGAGUGGCCUCCCACAGCCGCAGAGCAAGGCAUGGGAAGACUGGCCACGAGGAGAUCCGGGUCCAGAACACAGCCGCCACCCAGCCCUUCUGGAGGCCACGCUGCCCAGGGACAGCCUGGGAAUUAGAGAGGAACAGAAUGGAGCCUCUGAUUCCAGCAUGAACUCAGCUAAGGGUGUCCUCUCCCAGCCCGGUCCCCCUGAGGGCUUGGGGCUCAGGCCCAAGAGGUCCUGGGGGGCCCUGGAGGAGUCCAUGUGCCCAAUGUGCAAGAGAACCCGCUCUGGUGCCCUGGAGAGGCCGUGA